AUGGCGAAAAACGGAAAGGUUGGUAAAGCAAUAGCCACCGCUUAUGUGAAAGAUGAACGAGACAUUCCGGAUUAUGAGUUUCCUGAUAGUGGCCAUGUAAAGCUAAACUUGACGACAUCAGAUGUAGCAGUUCUUGAAGGAGCAGCUUCUGAACCGGAUAUGCAAAGCAAGUCAUCGACAUCGUUAGCAGAUAUGAAAAAGCAAAUUGUUGAAGCUCGUUUGCUUGCAACAGUAGCAGUACUUCUUAGUUUAGGAUUUAUUUGUCUGCUGCUAAAUUGUUUUGUGUGGCAUGCGGUACGAAAUGCAGAGAUGAAGCAAAUUUUGUUGGGCAUCUUAACGUUUAUUGUGGGAAUGUCAACUCGAGACUGGUACCGCUUACAUGGCGAGAAACUAACGAGAGCUUUGAAAGCGCUUCUUAACGUCUCCAACAUGCUUAAUUCUUUUGAUACAUCUACUUUCGAUUUCUUUGGCAUCUGUAAGUGUUUGAAACUCAACGGGAAGUAUACCCCGGAAGAUUUAAAAAUUAACGAAGGAAUACCACGAACGCCGGAAACCAGUCCGCCGUUAAGUCCUUCGACUGAAGAACAAAGCGAAAUAAGAAAUUCGGCAAUAAGCAAGUCUUGA